AUGCCAGCCAGUAUACCAUCUGUUAGUAUGCUCAAGGACACCAUUGUCCUCGACAUUGAUAAUCUUGAUCCCAAUUGGAACACAUACUGUUGUCAUAUUGACAUCAAAUCUCCUGGUCUCAAGAAAGUUGUUUUUCGCUUGAAAGCACCUGUGAUCAAGACUGAGGAGGAUGCUGAAAAGGAGGGACUCCAGAGCAUGGUCAAGGUCGAGGAUGGUGAUGUUACACUCAUGCCUAAGGAGCCUGGCAUGAAGGGGAAAUCCAAACUGAGACCUGGAAAACCCAACUGCCCCUUGGCAUUAUCUUGCAAGAACAUGAAGACCUGGAGAGAGGCAUACUCUCUUGUUGUCCCUUCCAUUGCAUUUAUCUUGUAG